GGAGGCAGACUAAGACUUGAGGUUUUCAUGUUUUAUGUUCUGAGUCGGUACACAUCCCUUGGUUUGAUUCAGUGUUUGCUGACAUUGGUGAUGAACAAUCCCUGUCUCAAUCUCUGUCCACAUUCUCGGGCCACCUAAAACAUAUAAGCGACAUACAAUUGCAGUCAACAAGUUGUUCACUCGUGCUACUAGAUGAGGUCUGUGCGGGAACAAACCCCCUUGAAGGAGCAGCGCUGGGGAUGUCACUAUUGGAAUCUUUUUCUCAAACUGGUGCUUUGUUGACAAUUGCCACAACACAUCAUGGUGAACUCAAAACCCUGAAAUACAGCAAUGAUGCCUUUGAAAAUGCAUGUAUGGAGUUUGAUGAAGUGAACUUAAAGCCCACUUACAGAAUUCUCUGGGGAGUACCAGGGCGUUCAAAUGCAAUCAAUAUAGCUGAAAGGUUGGGACUACCUGGUAAAGUAGUUGAUAAUGCCCGAGAACUGUAUGGUGCAGCUAGUGCAGGGAUAGAUGAGGUUAUAGUUGAUAUGGAAUGGUUAAAGCAGGAGUAUCAAGAGCUUUUAUAUGAAGCACAGAAUCAUCUGUUGAUCUCAAGAGAGUUGCAUGAGAAACUGUUGGUUGCCAAAAGGAAGAUUAUGGAACAUGGUAAUGAUCAAAGAUUUAGGCAAAUGCGAGAAAUAUCUGAGGCUGCUGCAAUGGCACGAUCUAUUCUUCACAAAAAAGCUCGAAAGCAACGCGAAUCUGCAAUUCAAUCUCUGCAGCCUACUUUGGAGCGAAAAAGACAGCUUGCAUUGGCAACAAAAGCAACUGAUAAUGGUGAGAAUUCAACCACAAAAAGAAGGGUAUCCUCUUCUGAAGAUGUUAAAAAAUCGCCAUCAGAUAAGUUUGAGCUUCCCAAGGUUGGCAAUAUGGUGUUUGUUUUGUUUCUUCGCUUGGAAAGAAGGCGACAGUUUUGAGAGUGGAGCCAUCUAAGGAGGCAAUUUUGGUUCAAGCUGGUAACAUAAAGAUGAAACUGAAACUAGGUGACAUCAAGAGGUGACCGGUAGGAAUAGUUGUUACAUGUAAAUGUCAUCGAUGAUGUAAAUGAAAAGGAUUACUGCCUAGUGCCUGCAUAAGCACACAUUAAUGGGGUUUUUGUCAAGUGUUGCCAUAUGUUGAAUACCAUCAUCAGUGGUGCAGUCGGGAAAGAGAGAAGGCUAAAACAUCCAAAGCAUCAGGAAAAUAUGUACAGAGCUCAGUGAUUCUUAUUAACUCCCAAGAAGUAUGCUGAUUUUAGGCCCAAGGCAGACAGAUCGGAAGGCCGAAAGGGAGAGAGACACAGAAAAUUAGGAAUUAUUUUUUCUUCAACUUGAUAGCUUGUAAUGAAUCCCAGCAAUAAGGUUGUGUGGUUAAAACUUAAAACCCACGUGAACCUCAUAAAUUUAAUGUCAUGAGUCAUGACUAGUGAAGAAUGGGACAUGGAACUGAAAGAACGGUGCAUUUCUGGCCUUUGUUAUUUUGGUUUGGGAAAUCGCAUCUUCUUGUUGAC